UGCGGCAAAAUGUUCAAGUUCAGGUCUACUAAAAAGUUAUAAUUUUAGUGUGAAGAAAUACGAAUUGUGUUACUCGGCGUGGAGAUAAGGAAUUCACUUAGUUUGUACAUAACGAGUGCAAGGCCACUGCAGUCGUAUCAACGUAAUUUAUUAUACGUCGCCGCCCAGGCGGUGGCGUUGAUAGCCGUCUAAAAAAAAUAUACCAAACUGCUUUAGGUAUACAAACACUCUUGUGCCUAAAACGAAAGCGCAUAACGUCAGCAGCGCAGCAACAGCAGAAGCAAAAAGCAAAAGCAGAGUGUGAGUGCAAUAAAUUAAACAACAAAAGCCGCGCAAGAGUGAAAAGAGUGCAACAAAUCAGAAUCAGCGUACAGAUAACAACGCUCAAAGUGAAAUAAGAAAAGUUUGCCAAUAAAAAGAAAUACAUAUACAGAAUGAAUAAACGACGACGCACCAUCAGCAGCAACAACAACAACAACAACAACAACAAACAAUUGGCUGACAAAUCAAAGGAUAUGCAAAAGAUUGAAGCAAGCAGCCACAUCAACAAUGCUGAUAUGCUGGCAACAAGUGCCAGUGCUGCUGCUGCUGAUGAAGCUGAGCUGCCCCUUGAAAUGCCGCAUGUGUGUCGCUGCUGCUGCAAAAGUGACUUGGAAUUAUUGAGUCUCUUUCAUGAUACAGCUGCGGAAGACAAGAAUACAGUAACAUCAACGGAACAGCAUCAAUUGCUGGAGCGUCGACGCAAAACAGUCGCGGGCACAACAACAAAAGCAACACAAAAACAUCAGCAACAUCAAGAUCAACAACGGCAGCCCCAGCGCAACAGCAUGAAUGCCGUGGAAUAUAUGCUUAGUGGUGCGCAUAGCAGCAUGGACACUGUUCAGGAGGAAAUGCAGAUUUGGAUGCUAAAUAUAUGUUGCAACGAUGGCUUGCCACAAGAGAUUUGUCGACAGUGCAUGGCACAGUUUAUAAUGGUUGCCAAAUUCCGUCGGCGUUGUCAGCGCGUGCAGCAGCGCUUGCAAGAGUGGGCGCAGGACAUAAUUGAGCGCAAGGCACGAUUGCAAGAUGUAAAGCCAGAGCAACAGCAACAAUUGACAACGGCGCAUGUGGAGCUCAAGCGCAGCAUAGAAACUUCAGCCGCAACUACAGCUGAGCCACAGCCAAAGAAAUCCAAGACAGCAACAGUAAAUUCAGUGAAAUCGCCGAAGCGUUGCAUGCAGCUGCGUGUGCGGAAACAGCGAACAGCUACAGCAGCAACAUCCACAGCACAAACAGAACUUUUGGACUUUAAAAAUGUGCCCUGGCGUACCAAAGCAGCGCGCAAAGAGCUCGCUGAAGCUUCGUCUAAUAGCUCCACAAUUAUCCUGUCACCCAGCUCAGCUGAAGGUGACGAAGACUCAGUCGCGACAACAACAACCAGCGUAGAUACAGACAAAUCAACAGCCGAGCAUCUUAGCGACCUAUCAGUUGAUCCAUGUCGUGGCUUUGACAGCGAUGGCAACUCCUCCAAUGGCAGCGCUUUACAGCCACUGAAUUUUCCCCCCAAACGUUCCCCAAGUAAAACAAUCAUGGUGCUGCGACGUGGUAAACGCACACGUAUGGCAAAAUGCUUUACGCCCGUAAAGCGCCAAAGUCGUCUGGUAAAAAAGAAUGUGGAAAAUGAGAAGAAUGCUGAAAAUAUUGAGGCAAAUGAAAAGGUCACAGCUGAGUCACGCAUAAGCGAGAAUACAGAGAAUUUGGAGGAGAUAACCCGCAGUAAAUCGAAUAAGAUCGUUGUGCAGAAUUUAAUAAAUCUAGGUUCAAUUAAAGAGUGCAGGGUUGAUAUUCCACACGAGGAGAUUACAUUUUCAGAAAAAAAACAACAAGGUGCUUCUCCAGAAGUGCAGACUUCAAUAGAUAAGAGCAAUCGAAAUACUUCCACAAAAGAGAGCGUGAAAGAAACAUUAUCAGAGGAAAGGAAACUAAAUACUUCCACAGAAGAGAGCAAAAUAAACACAUCGCCAGAAGAAACCAAACUAAAUACUUCCACAGAAGAGAGCAUAAGAGAAACAUUAUCAGAAGAAAGGAAAUUAAAUACUUCCACAGAAGAGAGCACAUUAAACUCAUCGUCAGAAGAAACCAAACUAAAUACUUCCACAAAAGAGAGCAUAAUAGACACAUUAACAGAAGAAAUGAAACUAAAUACUUCCACAGAGGACUUCAUAAUAAACUCAUUAAGAGAAGAAGAAAUUAAACUUAAUACUUCCACAGUAGAGAGCAUAAUAGACACAUUAACGGAAGAAAGCAAAAAUAAAACUGCAAAAAAUAAGACAGCAACAGAAGAAGAAAAACAGAAUACAGCGGAGACUUUAACAGAAGAAAGCCAACUGAGUACAUCAGUAGAAGAUAAUAAAGAGAAGACUUCAACAGAAGAAAACAAACAAAGUACAUCAAUAGAAGGGAAUACUUCAGAAGGGAGAAGAGAGACUUCAACAGAAGAAUGCAAAGAAAAUGCAUCGUUAAAAGAGACUUCAAUAGAAGAUACUGUAGUAAACACUACAAUAGAAGAGAUAAAUGUUACAAUCGAACAACUUUUAAAUAAAUCAGAACAGGAUCAGUUAGAAAUCGCAGCAGCGGAAAGUACCAGUUGCAAUAACCCAAGUGAAUUUCAAGAGUUAAUGCAGCGCACAUCAAAUGAGGCAGUCGAAGCUUUGAAUAAUAGUGAUGAGAAAAAUGCAAAUCAAAUUGAGAUAAGCACAACCAAUGGCAAUCUUCAAUACGAAGAGCUCACAUCAUCCACAGAGACUGAAGUGCCGGCUGCUGUUUGCGAGGUAGAGGUACAGGAGCAGGACCAGGAGCAACAGCAAGCAGAGAAGCUGAUAGUAAGCAUACCGCUGAAUGUGCUGGAUGGGGCACUGCAGCGUAAACUAUGCACAGCAGAGGAACUUAGGUCAGACGACGAUGUCAAUAAUAAUGAAAAUGACGAGAAUUUUUGCCAAAGUGCUACAGCAGCUAGCUUCAAUGCUGCUGUGGCACGCGCUAUACAAGACAUUGAAGCAGAACCGAAUGAUGAAGGCGACAGUGGUGGUGGUGGCGGUAAUGAUGAAUUGGAUGAGCUGAAAGCUUUGGAGAAGCUGCCCUCGGAACAAACAGAGGAGCGCCAGGAGCAACAGCUGUUGCCCCGUUCGGCGGCAACAACAAAUUCUAUGGACUUCUUAGCCGAGUUUCAAAAGUCGCUCAAGACACAAACGACGACGCCAUUGCAGCUAAGUGAAGCCAAUCAACAGAUGGAAGUGGAAAUGGAUGAUGUGGAGAGCACGCUGCAUGGCAUAUUGAGUGAGAUGCAGGAUCAACAUAUGUACACACCAGUGCAUGCGCACAUUGAUGAGUUUCUAACGCCCGCAGACUAUGAGCCGCCAGCAACACAGCAACAGGAGGUUCCACAACAGCAGCAGCAGCAGCAGCCACAACAACUACAACACCAGGAAGGGGAGGACUUGGCAAAGCAAGGCAAUAACCUUUUCGAUAGCAGCAAUUUCACCAAUGAGCUAAUUGGUUUUCAAAAUGAUAUGCCCUGCUUUGAGAGCAUAGAACCGACGCCAGAGCAAAGUUUGCAGCUAGAGCUAAAUCGAUUGUUCAAUGAGCUGCAACCAGCGCAACAACAACAUCAACAACAACAACACCAGCAGCAGCAACAACAACAGGCGGCAGUAAGCUUUGAAGAGCUCUAUCAGCCAGCUGCUGCAGCAUCAUCAGCAGUAGUAGCAUCGCCAACACAGCAACUGCAAUUACAGGCAUCGCCGUCUUGGACUGCAACGCAGCAGGCAACACAGCUACAAUGGUCGACAGUGGGUGGACUGGAGGCCAUACAAACAACGUCAACAGCUGCAUCUGCUGCGGCAACAACCACCUACUACAUCAAUGCCAGCGAGCUCUACCAGUCGCCGCAGACGCCACAGCAAGCUUUAGCUAGCGAUAGCUAUACCUUGCUAGACAGCAAUGAGAACUAUGUGCUGGAGCAGCAAUCACUAUCACCACAACAACAACAGCAGCAGCAGCAACAGCAACAGCAGCCCAUUAUGAUAGUAAUACAACAGCCAACAGAGCUGCAACAGCCCGUUGCAUCUGCCAGCAAUCCGCAGCAGGCACCGUUGCAUAUAAGCUACGGCUCGGAGCUAUCACAGCUGCAACAGCUGCCGCCGCCGCUGCCACAGCAACAGCUUACGCCAAACAACUCGCCAAAAGUAUUAAGCGUAUCCCCAACGCCAGCCCCCCGAGGCAGACCGCCUUCAUUGAAGUGCCGCUACUGCCAGAACGGACCUCGUUUCUCUAACAGCGUUGAGUACAGUCACCACAUUAUGGAGCUGCAUCCAAAAGAUGCGCCCUUUAACUGUCCGCACUGUCCUUUGGCCUUUGCAAAAGGCAGCAAACGCAAUCAUCAUAUUCUCAAUCACCAUGUGGUGCAGCAGUAUCAUUGUGGUCAGUGCGCCCAAGUAUUUCCCGCCCAGCGUGCGCUAGACUUGCACAUACAACGAAUGCAUAUGCCCACUACGGCGGAAGCGGUUGCUGGCGUCAGUUUGGAUGAGGUGCAGCUGCAAAUAGCGAACCAAAGCAGCAGCAGCUGCGAGGAACUGCAGCCAGGAUUGGAAGCUAACAAGCCACGCCGUACACGCAUAUUAUGCUGUCCGGACUGCGAAGACUGCACUUCGGGUCAUCAGCAUGGUCAGCAGUACGAGCAGUUGUCAGUCGCUUUGCCACACAGCACUUUGCCCUCGCCAGAGCAAUCGGAACCAGACUCUACUACAGCGACUUUGCGCCAGUUCCGCAAGCGUGGCACGCCCACCUUAACAGCAGCGCCCUCGCCUUCGUCGUCGCCUUCAUCGUCCACGAUGGAAACAAGCGUCACGCUGCAAAUGAGCAAACUGCGAGCCAAUCAUCAGUGCGUUGUAUGCGACAAGCGUUUCACGAACGUAAUUGCAUUGCAUAAACAUCAUCAGUUGGCGCACGAUUCACAGACCAGCAUGCCCUGGGUUUGCGCUAUUUGCAAGCGUGGCUACCGCAAGCGCACCGACAUGGAUAAUCAUAUGAAAUCGCACGAGCCCAAGGGUCGUCCCUUUGAGUGCAAUAAGUGCUUUGUACGCUUUCCCGAAUUCAAGCAGCUGGCCCUGCACAAGCUUACCGUCCACGAGCUUAUCAAACCGCACACGUGCGAUGAGUGUGGCAAACAAUUUGGUACGGAGAGCGCCUUGAAGACGCACAUUAAGUUUCACGGUGAGCUUGGAUUCGAGUGCGAUGAAUGCGGUGAAGCAUUCGCUUACAUGAAAGAAUUGCGCAAACAUCGGCGCACACACAACACUGAAUUAUUUUACAAAUGCGAGCAUUGUCCUCGCACAUUUCUGCAUUUUACAAGCUUUCGCGCACAUAUGAACACGCAUUUGCCGCUGGGCGUAUUUCUCAACGACAAGUCGUUAACGCAAAACAAAUCUGAUAAUCCAGCUACGUCUGCUUCAAAUGAGGAAUUGCUGCCAAUGACGCCGCUAAGCAAUGACAGCAGCAAUGGCAAUAACGGCAGCAAUAUGGAGGAUUGUCCUGGCUCUGUGGAGAGUAGCAUGACUGCGCCAUCUCUGGACAUGAUUAUGGGCUCGCCAUAACAAUACGCGCCACUUUAUUAUA